CGCCUUCAGUCAGAGACUUCACUAGUGCCUGCUGCUGUCUUCCAAGUACUAGUACCAGUUCGCACUAGUCGUGUAGUCAAUCGAUUGAGCAAAAGCAGCUGCUGAGCUGGCUUCAGCAACGAGAUUAGAAAGUGUACAGUAACAAUAUUAUUAUGUAGCUAUUGACAGUAUUGUAGUGCCUAGGGUGAGAGCUAAUAUUGGAGUUUCAUGCCAUGCGUCGUAUAUAGCGAGUUCGUGUUGUAGUGCAAAAGAGUGGGAGUGACGGCGCACGAAAAACACCUUGUACUUUGUAGCGAACAGUUCUGAACUGAAGCGCAGAAGGUCCGAUCUUCCCAGCACAGCCCGUGCUGUCUGUUGUUGGUCCCGGUGACCGGUGUAGCGGUCGUGCUGUCCGCCUAGUCGCUGUACCCUCUAGAACCAUCCGUAGUGCCCACUGCCUCACUGCUGUGGCUGUGUCGGUAUAUGCUACUCGAUACUAGUGGUAGGUCACAGGGUCAAGAGGGUCGGCGUCUUAGAUAGGUAGACUCGGUACAAUGGCGACGGGGCAAUGCAAGAAAUUUGUCCCGCAUCAGUGGAAGCCAAAACAGUGCCAGCUCUGCUUCCAGCCGCGAGAGAAGCACCCAGAAUCGAGCGGGACUAGCGGAGGCGAAUCGACAACAGUCGGCAGUUCCACUAGUACUGGCGCGGGUAGCGCAUCAAAGAGACGUGCGCGCACUACGGAUGAAACUGGAGAAGGGUCGUCGGUCGCUCAACUCCGAUCCAAGCUCGCGCACGACGCGAUGAACCAACAGGGUGGCUCAGCGGCCGCCAGGAAUCGGAGUGCGACUGUGUCGGGCGGUCGACCUAGCGUUCGACCACGACCGCAGGUCGCUGGUAGGCCGCCGGCGAAAUCAACACAGCAGCCGUUGGCCUUGUCUAUCCAGGGCGAGAAGAUGCGCACGAGCAAAGCACCUCCGACAACGAGCAAGCCAGCCGCCACUACUGCUGCUGCGAGCGGAUCGACACCAACAAAAUCUCCUGGUAAGCCCCUGACGGCUCAGAAACCUCCAACCAGUCCCAAGACGAAGAGAGGUCCGCCUGUGACGGCAGCUCGUCGUAGCGGCUCCGGGUCUACGACGAUGGCGACCAGUCCGCUGGGAGGUAGCGGUAGCGUGAAAGCCACGGCCGAACGCGAUCGCGCCGCGAAAGCAAACAAGGAGCGAGCGGAAAUAGAAGAGAGCAAGAAAGCAGAUGAAGGUGGCGAUGAGGCGACGGUGUCGGCGAGUAUCGUUACAGCGGAGAAAUCUGGCGACUCCGGUCCAGCUGUCAACGGCGAACCCAUGGACGAAUCAGCCAGUCCUGCGAAAGAAGACGAAGAUAAGGAGAAGGACGCCAAGCCAGUGGAUGAUUCUGAGGGGAAGCUAGAGCCUGGCGAGGGCAAAAACACAGAUGAGGCCGCCAACGGUGGCAAGGAAGAGGCCGGGCAGAAGGACCAGCCAACGUCAGCGGACAAGAAUGGCGAGCCACAAGCCAAGGUGCCGCGGAAAGCGUCCAGCAGCAGUGAGAAUUCACCACCGGUCGCAAAGAAGCCUGUUGUUACUAAGCGACCAAAACCAAGCCCAGGCGGCGGUAGCAGCAGCGGCAGCGGUAGCGGCGCUGGUCUGAAGCCGACCGCGGCGCAGAAGUCUGCGUCGCCGCUGACACAACGCCGCAUACCGGGCGUCUCACCUAAGCCCGUCCGGCCCAAACCAACGCCGGAUCCGAAGACCAAAUCACGCUCCAUGACAGUGAGCGGUUCGUCGGGCAGUGCUGGACGGGCUGCGAUCCUAGCCAAGUUAAAGGCUCAGGGCGGUGGUAUUCCCAUGCCGGGGUUCGCCCUCCCACCCAGACCUAAAGCAACAGAGGAGGAGCAGACAACGGUUACGGUGGCGGCGGCGGACACUGAGGGACAAGAGGGCGGCUCCGUCAACAAAGACGAGCCGCAUUCACCGCCAAACGGCGACAGAGCGGAAGAGUCGGCACAGCACAAACUGCUGACGCCCACCGAGCGUUUUCUGCGUCCGAAACGAGGUGGACGUCCGCCCUCGAAGGAGUUCAGACGUUCGCGCGUCGAGGAAGCAAUGGGGGAGGAGUAUUUCUUCGACUCGAAAGUGGCCGGCAUCGGUAUUCUGCCCGACAGACCGCCCGAACCGGAAUCCGAGCCGGAGGACGCAGAAGGAAAGGAGGACGCAGAAGGAAAGGAGGACGCAGAAGGAAAGGAGGACGCAGAAGGAAAGGAGGACGCGGACGACAACGAAGCAGCAACAACUGCCGCGGGCGAUGGCGGCGAUGCUGGCAACGAGGCAUCGGGAUCGGCUGAUGGCGGUGAGACGGACCCAUCGAACUCAGACGUGCAGUCGCCUUCCGCCACAUCACCAGCCAGCGAAGGCAGCACGCUGGACGAAUUCGUGAUAGUGGACGAGAACGAGGCAGAAUCUCCCAUGGCAGACGAGGCGAAGGAAAACUUGGCCGGUAACGACAAACUCAAAGCAGAGGAAACGAGCAAUGGCGAUUCUAGUAAUGGCGCUGACUUGAUUAACCUUGAGGAGAAGUCGAGCAGUGACAUCGAGAAGGACAUUGCAGCAGCCGUCAAUGACAACGACGAAGAUUUGAAGAAGGGAGGAACCGAUGAAGACACGGCUAUCGAGGACCAAGAGAUAAAAGAGAAUGGAGCUAAAGAUGCCAAGACGGAUGUGACGCAUAACACUAGCGAGGACAGUGAAAGCUUCCUUGUUAUCGACUCUGAAAACGAUGAUGACGAUGCCGAGAUUGUCUGACCGGAUAUGACGUCAUCCAGGAUUUGUUUCGUUGUAUAUGCUUGUUGACUUUCCUCCCUGUCUCUGUGUCUCGCCCCCCCCCCCCCCUCUCUCUCUCUCUCUCUCUCUCUCUCUCUCUCUCUCUCCUCCCCCCCCCCCCUCACUCUCUCUCCCUCUCACACCCUCUCUCCUGUCUCUAUUCCUCCUCCCUUUCUGUUGUCUCCCUGGUCUCACAUAGCUGCUCUGCGAGUUGUAACACACCACCACCGCAUGGUGAUGUUUGCACUGGUUUCAGCUAUUUGUCAAAUAUAAUUAUAUAUCAUUGAUUGAAGAUGCGCGUGUCCUCUACCGCUUGCCGAUAACUUUGUCCGCACCUGCUGCUCUUUGCCCUUCUACAGUUGUGCACAGUGCGUUACCUUGAGCAGUGGUGUGGCCUGGUUCGGUGUGCUUGAUAUAAUUUUGACGCUGAUCUUUAUUCUGUGCCGCCGCCGUCUCCCCGAUGUUCGGUGCCCGCAUGCCAGUGCACAGGGCCGUGACCGGGCCACACGUCGGUGUUUGGCAGUUCUAGAAGUCCUCCUCGCUCCCUUCGCUCUUCAUCAGGGUCACUCCGGUGUUAUUUGUGUUCGGCCAGGAGAGUGGCUUUGUUCUGCUUCAUGCGAGCGACUCGGCGCCCUUUCUCGUGUCACUGGGUUGUGUCUACGAGCUUCCCGUUGGGAUCUCGCUUCUUUCUUUCUCCUUUGAUACUUGCGGACUGUGUGGCCUUUGCACAUGGUUGAUGUCGUGUAAACGUUCUCGUGUAAGAAGAAAAAUGGUCAUUUCGGUCCCACCUAUUUAUCAGAGUUUUCGUAUAUCUUGUAUCAUCAUAUUUGAUUCCUCACUUGCCUCAUAUUCUCGGAGUAUUUCUCUAUUUUCUGUCUCGAUUUUCUGGUCGGUGCCCUUCUGAACUGAAGAAUUGAUAAUAAUUAUGUAUGCGGUCGAA